GUUGCUAUCGCCGGAAUCCAUCACUGAUCCUCCUGAGUGGCUCAGGCAUGACAAUAUCGAGAACCAAACUGUGCCUUCAUGAAAUGCAGUUGUCAAGCACAAACAUCACUUCAAAGCCGCUGAGUUGAAUGUUGACGGUCGCAUAGGAAGCACAGCUGUCAGUUUGUAAAGCACAGGAGUAGCAAUGAGAAUAAGCAGGAAAUACCCUCGUACGUCAUUUUGGAAGAAGCGCCAGAUGUCGGAUGUGAGUCAUUGCCUCUCAAGAGGUGUGGAGGUGUGGGCUGUGUGGGGAAGGAAGUGCUCACGGAGCAGAGGCGCAGAUCGGGCAAACGUCGAGAACUCGCUUCGCAAAGGAACUCGGCGAAGAGAUCCUCGUAGCUGGAUCAGCGGUGAAAAUCGUGCUUGAGCGUGGAGAUGACAGAGUGCCGGAUCGUGUUUGUGAUCGAAGAGGUGGAGAGGUCAGGAGGAAAGAAAAGCGCUCUCGGCUGGUAGGCAAACCUCAGUUCGAAUCAUGGCUGCUCCUCAGACUGCCGUCGCUCACGAGGCUGGACUCAAGGUUGCUGCUGUUGAAGUGCCUAGCACUGAUCAGAAUGAGAGAAGAACUAGAGAUGGAAAAUGGACGCUACGUCAGCUGAGACAGACCGAUGCUAUCGUUCCAUUACAAAGUGGAACCAAUCAGUUCGAUUCGCAAAGGGGCAAGACCGGCUUCGGAAUGCCAAGAAACGCUGUGACUGGCGUCGAAUUCGCAGACGACGGCAAGCGCUGGACAAUUGAGCAAAUGAGAUCAAGUGAUGCCACUGUUCGACUCCAAUCCGGCUCGAAUCAGUUCGAAAGUCAAAAGGGUAUGACAGGUUUCGGAACGCCUCGUGAUGUGAAAGGAAAGCACUUGAAACGAAUCUGGGAGUUGGAAUUUCCGGAAGAGGUGAUCGACGAACACAACUUCAACCCAGAAGAGGAGGUCAAGGAAGAGGAGGUGGAGGGCAAUUGAUAUGCAUGACAACCCCAGUCUCGAUAUUGGCUUUCACGAUUCGUCUAGUAUAUUCAUAGCAGGGCGUGGUGUGCUUCUAACAAAAUACGCCAUGCGUUUCCUUACGCAAACAAACAUUUUCCAAAUAAAAUCUUGCGCUACGCCCUGCCAAAAUCACCGCACACUUGUGUCGAUGAUAAUUUGCGUAUUAUUUGCGUCUAUCUAUUUGUCAGUGAGAUUAUCUGGUCACUUUUCCAUCCUCCGCAACAAUACCGACAAGUAUGAAUUCACUUACGAUGUAGUAACUUCUCUUGCAAAUGGUUAGAAUCCUCGUCACUAUAAUCUAGUCAAGAACUGAAAACAUUUGUCUGUGCAACUUGUUGUUACGAGUACCGAAUAAAUUGUUUUAUUGAUUCGC